GUAGUAGCAGUAGCAGUGGUUAUGUUAUGUGAUUUUGUGAGAUUGUUUUACUGAUACGGGUUGCUGUUGCUUUUCCAGUUAUGAAGAAUUAAAACAAGUAUGAGUGCAUCCUGCUUUGACUCACAUCUCCAAGAAAACAAGGACCAGAUCAAUUUUUUUAAUAAGCAACAUUAAUACUCUGCACAAGAAAGAAGAUGGCUGACUUUCUUGCUGAUAACAACCCUUGUGGUCAAAAUAUUGUACGCUUGGUAUCCCGGGGAAAUGCAAUAAUUGCUGAAUUACUACGGCUCAAAGAUUUUAUACCACCUGUGUUCAGAUUAGAGAAUAAACAUGAUCAACAAAAGUAUGGAGAAGUUAUAUGUGAUUUUGUAUAUUUCAAAACAUCUGACGAAUUUGAAAACAGAAUUGAAGCCAAUCCACAAUUGCAGGAUUUAGAUGAAGAGUUUAGAGAAAAUUACUCAGAAAUUUUAACUCGAUUUUAUUUGGCUCUUGAAAGUGUACACCAGUAUGUUGGAGAUUUAAAUAGAUUCCUUGCGGAUUUGGAAGAAGGCCUCUAUAUUCAGCAGACCCUGGAAAGUGUUUUUCAGUGUGAUGAAGGAAAGCAGUUAAUGUGUGAGGCUCUAUUUCUGUAUGGUGUUAUGUUGUUAGUUGUGGAUUUCCACAUUGAUGGCACUGUGCGUGAGCGCAUGCUUGUGUCUUACUAUCGCUACAGUGCCCAGAGGUCAUCUCAUGGUAGCAAUAUAGAUGAUGUGUGUAAACUGUUACGCUCAACAGCUUUCAGUUCAGGAGCAGGAACAAGAAGGCCGUUGAAUUACCCUGAGGAUUUUUUCAGGCGCAUUACGCUCCCUGAAGUGUAUGUUAGUGUUGUUUUAGGCUGCUUGAGGUCAGAUGAUAUUUAUCAUCAAAUGGCAGCAUACCCAUUCCCUGAACACCGCAGCACAGCUCUGGCUGUUCAAGCUGCAAUGCUCUUUGUCUGCUUGUUUUUUGCUCCCAACAUUCUCCAUUUCCAAACAGCUCAAAUGAGAGAAGUUGUUGACAAAUAUUUCCCUGAUAAUUGGGUGAUCAGUGUUUAUAUGGGAAUGACAAUGAAUCUUCUGGAUUGGUGGGAACCUUACAAAGCAGCAAAAACAGCACUGAGCAAUACUUUGGACUCUGCUAAUAUUAAAGAUCACGCCUCCAGAUUUGCCGUCAAAGUUCAGAAAUUCUUACAACAGACCAGACAACUUCUUCAGGAAGGUGCUCUGAAUGAAGAUAUUGUGUUGGAUCAUGUUAAUAAAGUGGUAAAUGUAGUACGAGAAUGUAAUGUAACUCUUCGGUGGUUGAUGCUUCAUACUGCUUCCCUUCCUCCUGCUGCUGAUAACAAUAAAAAAUGUCGCCAAGUUCGUGAUCAAGUCAUAUUGGAUGCUAAGUAUGAACCACUGCAAGUGUUUGAACUGCUUUUGAAUACUGCUCAGUUUGAGCUGAAGUUUAAGGAACUGUUUAAGAAGCUACUCUCAGAAAAAAGCAAUCGUUGGAAUAGUGACAAAAGGGAAGCUGUAGAAAGAAUGCAAGAGCUUGCUGAGGUUUUUUCUGGCACUAAGCCAUUAACUAGAGUUGAUAAGAAUGAAAAGUUGCAACUUUGGUUUACUGAAAUGGGGAAACAAAUAGAUUCCUUGAAACACGAAGAAGCUACCUCUGCUGGGCGUAAGAUUGCUCAGAUGAUUGAAGCCUUGAACGAAGUUCAGGAAUUUCACCAGCUUGAAACAAACAUGCAAGUGAAGCAAUUUCUUCUUGAUACCCGUACUCAUCUCCAUCACAUGGUUAGGGCUGGUAACAUCAAAGAGGAAGUACUCAUAACUCUGCAAAUGAUCGCAGAUCUUAGCUAUGCUUGGGAGAUUGUUGAGUCAUAUACAAAAUAUAUGCAAGAGGGCAUUAAGAGAGAUCCAGGACUAGUAAUUAAACUGAGGGCCACGUUUUUAAAGCUAUCAUCAGCAUUAGAAACUCCUUUAUUGAGAAUCAAUCAAGCUCGGUCAGCUGAUUUGGUAUCAGUGUCAGGAUAUUACUCAGGCGAGCUUGUUGCUUAUGUGCGGACUGUGUUGCAUGUGAUUCCUGAGACAAUGUUUGGACUAAUGGCGAAGAUAGUCCACCUUCAGACUCAUGUAAUUAAGGAGUUGCCAACAAGGCUGGAAAAAGAAAGGCUGAAAGAUUUUGCUCAACUGGAUGACCGCCAUGAGGUGGCAAAGUUGACUCAUGCUGUUUCUGUGUUAACUGAAGGCAUUCUUGCCAUGAAAAGCACUUUGGUAGGCAUAAUAAGAAUUGAUCCCAAACAAUUAUUGGAAGACGGAAUACGGAGAGAACUUGUCAAACAUAUCAGCAUAGCACUUCACAAUGGACUAAUUUUCAAUCCAAGGGCUAAAGUUAGUGAAUUAAUCCCUAAACUUGAAUCUCUUGGUGAAAUUAUGGAUGGACACAGAAGGUCCUUUGAAUACAUUCAAGAUUAUGUUAACAUUUGUGGACUUCGGAUAUGGCAAGAAGAAGUAUCACGGGUGAUGGGUUAUAAUGUUGAACAAGAAUGCAAUUCAUUUUUACGCUCUAAAGUGCAAGACUGGCAAAGUGUCCACCAAAGUAGAGCCAUUCCAAUUCCUAGUUACCCUCCCCCAUCACAAGAUCCUGCAUCAGUCAAUUUCAUUGGUAGACUAGCUAGGGAGCUUAUAAGAAUAACUGAUCCAAAAUCAACUAUUUAUGUUGAGUAUAUGACUUCUUGGUAUGAUCUAAAAACACACAAAGAAGUGAUAAAUAUGAAAGUGUUCUCGAAAAUCAACAAGUCAUUGGGUAUUGCUGGUCUAACAGGUCUUGAUAAACUCUUAUCCUUCAUGAUUGUCACUGAGAUUCAGAAUCUUCUUGGAGCAUUACAUAAAGGAGUCCUUAAAGACAAGGCAUGGUUAGAAAUGUUUGGCAAUGUAUCGAAGGAUCUAGCCCCAGUUACAGGAGUUGUUAGUAACCCUGCUCGGUGGUACUCACAACACUGGAGUAGAGCCCAGAAAGUGUGGCCACAGAUUUUAGAGUGGGUGUUGAAAGUUGGGCAAAUGCAACUGCUGCGCAAACACAUAGGCUAUGAGCUUAAUGUUGCCUGCCGAUUUGAUUCAAAACACCUUGCUGCUGCUCUCAGUAAUAUGAAUUUGGCACUAUUAUCAGAUGUUCAAGCUCAUUAUAGAGAUCCUGCUCGUCCCUACCCAAAGGAGGAUUCUCCUCUCAUGUUUGAGCUAACUACCUACCUUGAUUGGGCUGGCAUUGGUGAUCCAUGUGCUAAAAUCUAUGUCACCACUCGUAAUUUGCCAUAUUUCGCCCUUUUGAGUUUUCUCUUUGUAUUGUCUCAGUUACAGAAAUUAUCAUAUGCUCGUAAUGUUGGUGGCCUGACUUGCAAGCGGCCUCAAGAACCCUUAGAUGGUGUUGCCCUAGUGCUAGGUGUGCAAACCCUUCUCCGACAAUUUCAUCCUGAAGUUGCCAAGCAGUUUAUAAUGUAUAUGUGUCAGUUUGUCAGAUCACACACAGAUUCAUUAACCCGGAAUGCGAGUAAAACACCAACAGAGCUCCCACCUGAAGUGACAACUGCACUACAUUUUCUCGAAGCAUUUAUCAAGUUUUCAGGGAGUCAACGCGAAACAUUGACAGCCCACAUUCCAGAUACUAUUCUAGAUUUAUUCCAAAUUUUAGGAUCAUAGUGAUAUUUUUUUUUACUACA